AUGAAGUGGACCACUUUAUAUACUACUAUAGUUAUAGCUUUUCUGAUUUCAUUUUCAUCGGCCAAUGACGAUUUUAAUAGUGUAAGUCUUUAUUUUGAUUUUAUUUUAAGUUUUCUCUCUAGUUUUAGUGAGAAAAUGAUUAUUUUCAGGAAUUGCAUAGCACUUAUGAAGAAGAGCCGGGCUCGAUUUCAACGGUUUUAGUUUCGACGAUCGACGGACAUCUUCGUGCCUUGGAUUCCAAAAAUGGACGGAUUUUAUGGACUAUUCGGGAAGGUAAAGAUGAAGAAUGGUUAUUUAAUCUUGAUUUAAUUUUUUCAGACGCCGUUUUACGGUCUCCAUCUACGGUCAAACAAGGCUUUACCUACCUUCCGAACCCGAUUGAUGGCUCUUUGUACCUAUUAAAAGACAGUUCUUUGAAGAAACUUCCCUUCAAUAUUCCUCAAUUGGUUCACGCUUCUCCUUGUAGGGGCAAUGACGGCGUUCUUUAUGCAGGUUUUUCUCGAAACAUUAGUUCUGUGGGGAUAAGUUUAAUUUAAGGUAGUAAGAAGGACGUUUGGUUCGGCAUCGAUCCACUCACUGGGACUAAGGUAAUAAUUCUGUUUACCACUGAAUAAUUUUUUUGAAAUCAAAAAAACUGAAAUUUUGAAGGCAAGUUGGGGCUUUCAAACAAUCUUUAAAGUUAAUUUUGAAGAUAUUCAAAAAAAUAUUUAGAAAAAUUUAAAAAUUUUUGUCAAAAAAAGUCUUCCCGGUUUUUCCAAAGAAGUCAUGCUUAAUUAAUUCUUUUGGUCCAAAAAAGCCUUUUUUGAUAAAAAUUUAUAGUUUCCAACUGGUUAAUCAACAUGGUUUCAAACUUAUUUCACUGUUUCAACAUGAAUGUUAAUUUUUGGUUGGUUAUAAUUUUCACAUUACUUAUGGUCAUAUUCAAGAAAAAAGGGAACUAAAAUCAGAAAAAGAAAAUUUUCAUGAUUUAUUUUGAAUAAAAUCUGCAAAAAGCGUUCAUUAUGACGUACAAUUUGAUGAGUAGCUGGUGUUUUAUCUUCUGUUUUUUAAUGAAGAGAAAAUUUUUCUUUAGGCUAAAAAAAGAUUGAGAAAAGAGACGGAAACAGGCCGGAAUAAGAAAUGGUUAAAAAUAACUGCUCGAAGAUUCGUGUUUAUUAGAGCAUCACUAAAGAUAACUGCCGGGGCGAGAUAAAUGCGACGUCGCUUACAUUAGAAUGACGAUAUCGCAAAAGGGACGCUCUUUCGGCGCGCUGAUCUUGAUUUUCGCUCAAAAAAAUUUAAAAUUACUGAAAUGCGAGAUUGGGCGGAGAAAAAUGCGAUAUCGCGUCAAGGGAAAUGCAAAACGGGAGCGGCUAUGAAGCAGCACUUUUGCCAGGUCGUCAAUGUACUGUAAGCGAUCUCGCGUUUCUUUCGGCAGUUUUUUUUUAGUGUUUCUCUAACUAUUUCUUCUUCCGAAAUAUGAAAAGUGAGUUCUGCUCUGAGUUGAAAGCUUCAGGUGGAAACUUUAUCUUCCUCUUCGGCAGACCGGAUCUGUCCGGCCAACAAGGGCAGCGCCGUGUUCGUCGGCCGGACCGAAUAUCGCGUCAGUAUGUUCGAUGGCUCCAACCGCGCCAGGACCUGGAACGUCACUUACAACGACUAUUCCGCUCAUCUUCUGCCUGGUUAGUUCUGGUGGAGAGAAGAAUCACACGAAAAUCAAGCUAAAAAGUCCAAAAACACCGAAAAAGAGUUAAGAAAAGUUUAUCUUGAAAGUUUCGAAAAAUAUUGAAAAGUAAAUUGUCAUAAAAAUGAAGCUUAAAAGUCUUCAAAAACAGAAAAAUGAAAAAGGUUUGAAAAAGCGUCCAAAAGUCCAUCUUGUUUAAUGUUAGUUCCGUGACAAACCAAAAUUAUAGGCAUUAAAAACAAAACAAAAAAGGUUCAAAAAUAGUUCUUUUUUUCUCCCUGAUUAUUUUUUUGCAGAGUUUUAGAAAGAAAAAAAGGUACAAAACCAACUUUAAAGAUCUUUCACAAAACCAUGAAAAACAAGGUUUUUUUAACCGAAUUCGAUACUUUUUUUUUCUGGGUCCUUGAAGAUGCAACAUUGUUUUUAGAUAUUUCAUAUUUUUUUCUCAGUUUUUAAACUAAAUCUUGAAGACAUUUCAUAGAAUUUCGGGUUUGAAACAAUAACUUCCACCUAUUUCUUUAUUUUUCCAACCAAUUUCCUGGAAGAAUCAUUCAUCCGCAAAGUUUUAAAUCACGUUAAAAAAAAUUUUUUUUUGAAAAUUUCCCAUUAUUUUCUCUGUUUUUUGAUUUUAUCGAGUGACCUCCAUGCAAUCUUCCAACAAAGAAAAGAGAGGUCAUUUUGAAGGUCGUUCGAAUUAUUUUAGCAUUUCCUUAUCAAAUUAGCCGUCAAGGCCGUCCUCGGCAUUUUUUUUUAGAAGUCAGAUCAAAUUUUUAUCAUUGACGCUUCUGCGCUGAACUUUUUCGUUCAACUUAAUUAAGUGUUGAGAAAAAAAAAAAAAACAAAAUUCUUUAAAAUAAAAUUUAUGGGAUCCAAAAGCUAGGAAUUUUCGAGUGUUACGAAACGAAAUGAAUAGUUUUUCUCACAUAAUGAUUCAUUAUGUUUAUUAAAAAUCAUGGUUUUAUGAAUUUACAGUAUUGAACUCGAAAAAAAUAACUUAUUCAUAAAAAAAUAAUUAGUUAACUUUCAAGAUGAACCAUUUGUUCAUCCGAGCGAUUUUUAGGUUUAUUUGAAAGAAAAGAGCAGAAAUUUCCUUUAGAAAACAGCAACUACAAACUUCGGCACUACGUAUCAACAUCAUCUGGGAACAUUCUUGCCGUCGACAGUGUUACAGGUUAUUUUUUUAAGGGUCAAUAUCAAAAGAAUGUUUGAAUACUAUAUAUCUUACGAGGAAGGUCAUUUCACUUUGCGGUUGGGAAUUUUUUGGAAUUCGGCCAGAAAUCUUCUUAAUGUACUAGAAAAAGGAUCCUGAAAAUCUCAAUCUGCAUAACUUCUCAGCUUCCGAGAAAUAAAAAAGCUCGACGCUUCAAAAUAGCUGAUUUUAACAGAUUUUAAGUUUUUUUUUCUGAUUUCGAAAUGUCCUUUCUCAAAAACGAGAACGAUGUUCAGAUUGAGACUUUUUUUUACCCUUUUUCUGGUACAUCGAAGAGUUUUUUCUCCGAUUUUUCAAUUCCAAAGCACAAAGGGAAUAAACUUUUUAAAAAAAUACAUUUUUUUGAACAAGGUAGGAAAAAAAGGGACCACUCCUUCAUAAAAAAACUUGUCGUUAGCGUUUGAAUAUAAAAUUCAUUUAGAAAAAAAUCUAGAUAGCUGAAUGCGGUAUAUUUUUUUCUAGAAAAUUUAAUUUGUGAAGAAAUUUUUCCAUAGAAAAAAAGCAGCUCACUAAAAAAAUUUUUGAGCAUGCUUCUUGAAAAUUAGAACGUUUUCGAUUUUUUUAAACAGCCUUUCAAAUCGCUUGAAAACGAUUCAAAAAAAAAUUUUGAAUUAGUUGAAAUUGAUUACUUUUUGAAUCUUCAAAAAAAUGGAAGAGUUUUUUUGAAAUUUUUGAACUGCCAAGAAAUUUUUAGAAAACGCGGGAGAAUUCGUCCUUUUUUUUCCAAGAAAGCUUAGCGUAUUUUUCUUUCUAUGGUUCAUACUUCGUUCCGAAAUCUCACCUUUUCAGCGGAAAUCCGAUGGGAACAAGAUCUGAAGGAACAAAUCGUAGCGAUUUAUCUGUUGCAAAACGACGGCCUCCACAAACUUCCGUUCGAAGUUCUCGGCCGCGAAACCUUGGAAAACAGUAUAAAGGUACCUUUUUUUCUUUCUUUUUUAAUUGACCAAACUUUCAGAUUUCAUUAAUUUUUUUAUUCGAGGACCAGUAA